AUGGCCCAAACACCCACCCAAAGGCGAGCCAACCAAAAGUUCGCCAAGGAGAACGAGGCGCGCAUGGGCAAGAACAUCGAGCAGAUCAAGAAGAAGGUCCCCAAGGAGCAGCUCAAGUCGCCAAUCAGCCCCGUGUGGUUGGGCGUCCUAGGCUUCAUCAUCUUUGGCGGUCUCGUCUUUGAGGCGCUGAGCCGUAUCUUUGGCCGGUAA